AUGACAAUCAGAAGAGUAGAGGAAGGACCAUACGACGGCGGCAACGGCGGCUCGGAGGAGGUGGAACAGCAGCGCUACCACGGUGCCUACAGCGGAGUUGGCGGUACAAGCGGUGGCGGGUGUUACAUCGUUCAAGUAAGGGAUUCUAGCCAAUUGAAAGGAUCUUCUGAUCAAUCCAGAGCUCAUUUUGAUUCCAUUAGUAAUGAGGCUUCGGAAUAUCACACAUUGAUCAAUGAAAGAGAGAUUCAACAACUAAAAGAAAGAUCGAUUCUUUGGGAUCCUUCCUUUCUUCAAACGGAAGGAACAAAGAUAGAAUCAAACCGAUUCCCGAAAUGCCUUUCUGGAUAUUCCUCAAUGUCCCAGCUAUUCACGGGACGUGAGAAGCAGAUGAUUAAUCAUCUGGUUCCAGAAGAAAUCAAAGAAUUUCUUGGGAAUCCUACAAGAUCCGUUCGUUCUUUUUUCUCUGACAGAUGGUCAGAAUUUCAUCUGGGUUCGAAUCCUACUGAGAGGUCCACUAGAGAUCAGAAAUUUUUGAAGAAACAACAAGAUCUUUCUUUUCUCAGGAGAUCAGAAAAUAAAGAAACGGUUAAUCUAUUCAAGAUAAUUACGUAUUUACAAAAUACCGUCUCAAUUCAUCCUAUUUCAUCAUAUUCGGGAUGUGAUAUGGUUCCGAAGGAUGAACCGGAUAUGGACAGUUCCAACAAGAUUUCAUUCUUGAACAAAAAUCCAUUUUUUGAUUUAUUUCAUCUAUUCCAUGACCGAAACAGGGGAGGAUACACGUUACACCACGAUUUUGAAUCAGAAGAGAGAUUUCAAGAACUGGCAGAUUUAUUCACUUUAUCAAUAACCGAGCCGGAUCUGGUGUAUCAUAAGAGAUUUUCCUUUUCUAUUGAUUCCUAUGAAUUGGAUCCAAAACAAUUCUUGAAUGGGGUAUUCAACUCCAGGUAUGAAUGGAAAACGACAUUUUUAUUGGUUUUAUUGGUUCUACUUCCUAUUUUUUAUGAAGAGAAUGAAUCUUUUUAUCGAAGGAUCAGAAAAAAAAAGGUCCGAAUCUCCUGCGGGAAUGAUUUGGAAGAGCCAAAACCAAAAAUAGUGGUAUUUGCUAGCAACAACAUAAUGGAGGCAGCUAAUCAAUAUAGAUUGAUCCGAAAUCUGAUUCAAAUCCAACAUAGCACCCAUAGGUACAUAAGAAAUGUAUUGAAUCGAUUCUUUUUAACGAAUAGAUCCGAUCGCAACUUCAAAUAUGGAAUUCAAAGGGGUCAAAUAGGAAAUGAUACUCUGAAUCAUAGAACUCUAAUGAAAUAUAUGAUCAACCAACAUUUAUCGAAUUUGAAAAAGAGUCAGAAGAGAUGGUUUGAUCCUCUUAUUUUUUUUCUCGAACCAAGAGAUCCAUGA